AAGCCUAUUCAGCUGAAAGUUAAAGGAAACGAUUUAAAAAUCCAAAGCUGCUAGGGUUUUACUAAGGUUUUGAGAGCAGGCAAAAGAUUUUUACGCUAUGGGGUUGCAAAGCAAAGAUUUAAGCCUCUUACAAGAUGAGAAUAAUGUGGCAGAUGGUGUUGAGGAUGUAUUGGAUGAUCUUAGUGAUGUAGAAGAGUCCGAAUCCGAGCAGGAAGAUGUGAAAUUGGCGGAGCCGUCAAAGACCACUAUAUACAAUCGAGAAGGCCUUGUCGAGAAACUUGAAGACAUCGUCUGGCCGGAUAAUGUCAACUGGAUAUACAAGCUUUCCCUCGAUAUCGAUCAAGGGAAGGAAGUGGAUGUGAAUGAUGACUUAGCGAGAGAGCUCGCUUUCUACACGCAGGCAUUGGAGGGGACGAGGCUGGCAUUCGAGAAGAAGCAUAUUGAAGAAGCUGAAGAGAGGAGGAAAGCGAGAGAGGCCAAGAGGAUCGCCAAAGAGGUUCAAGCUGAGAAGUUGAAAGAAAGAGCUAAGCAGAAGAAACAAGAGAUUGAGGAAGUUAAAAAGUGGAGGAAGCAAAGGCAGCAGAGCGGCUUCAAAGAUGGCAAAGAUAGUAUGCCGGAUUUGGGUUUCAGAGAAGGUAAAGCAUUUGAGAGGUCGAGCAAGAAACGGCCUGGGGUGUCUCCAGGCGAUCGUUCGGGAGGGAAGGCAAAACAAGGUAGUGGCAAGGGUAAUACUAAGAAUAAGAAAAACAUGGAGUUCCGGAAUUCUAAGUUCGGGCUCGGAGGAAGGAAAGGUUUGAAGAAACAGAACACUUUGGAAACAACGAACGAUCUUCGAGCAUUCAACAAUGGUGGCGUUGCAGAAAACUUGCUAUCUUGA